AUGAUGAACAAUAAGGAUUCGGAAGACGACCUGGUGACAUCACGGAACCCCCACAACUUGGCCAAUGGACGAGGGACCUUCUUGGGAUUCCAAAAUGUACACGACUUCAAAUCCAAGGCAAGAUCCUCUUCGGCACUGAAUAGUGAGGCAUCAGCCCUGAUACCCGAUGGUGGUUUGAGUCCUUGUGUCAUUCGAGUAUUGGGAGUUGGAGGAGGAGGUUGCAAUGCUGUGGACCGAAUGUUGGAAACAGCCGUGGGUGGUGUGGAAUAUUGGGCCAUUAAUACGGAUGCCCAAGCACUAGGUCGUUCCAAAGCCUUGGGAGCCAAAGUGUUAAACAUUGGGUCGGCUGUUACCCGUGGAUUGGGCGCCGGUGGAGACCCUGAUGUAGGACGCAUGGCGGCGGAGGAGUCCAGAGAGGAUAUUGCUCUAAUGGUGGAAGGAACCGAUCUGUGCUUUAUCACCAGUGGUAUGGGAGGUGGAACCGGUAGUGGAGCCGCACCUGUCGUUUCCGAGAUUGCCAAGGAAAGUGGUGCUCUGACCGUGGCCAUUGUCACCAAACCGUUUGCCUUUGAAGGGCGACGACGCAUGCGACAAGCUACCGAUGCCAUUGCCAGAUUGAGGGAGUACGUCGAUACGGUGAUUGUCGUGUCCAACAACAAACUACUCGAAAUCAUUCCAGAUGAUACACCCGUCACAGCGGCAUUUCGUGUGGCUGAUGAUAUCUUGCGGCAAGGAGUUGUUGGCAUUUCCGAAAUCAUCGUUCGACCCGGCUUGAUCAAUGUGGAUUUUGCGGAUGUAAGGUCCGUGAUGAAAGAUGCUGGAUCGGCAUUGAUGGGUAUCGGUACGGGUGUAGGAAAGACCAGCGCCGAGGAUGCUGCAAUUGCUGCCAUUUCUAGUCCACUUCUCGACGAACCGGUUCAGGAUGCUACAGGCGUCGUCUUCAACAUUUUGGGUCCACGAAACUUGUCGUUGCAAGAAGUGAACCGGGCGGCACGCGUUAUCUAUGACAAUGUUCACGAGGAUGCAAAUGUCAUCUUUGGGGCCCUCGUCGAUGAUACCAUUGAGGACGAAGUUUCCAUUACUGUGCUAGCUACUGGCUUCAACUCUGCGGCUGCCGGAGUCGGGGACCCGGAUAGCUUCCCAGAUUUCCUGUCGGAGAGAUGA